UACAAAUUUGAAACAAGUUUUGGAAUUUGGAAUUGGAAAGAAAGGGAAAUUGAACUGCUCACUUUCUUUUUGAGCUACGACACUUAUGGCAAUGCAAUUGCAAGCAAACCCACUUCACCUGUUCCAACCACUGUAUAUCCUCUUCUUCUAACCCCAUAUCUUCCUGACUUCAUUAUUACUAUUUUUGUGUUCUCAAAAUUAGUUGAUAAUUUAAUGGUUUAUUAAAAAUUAAUGCAGCAGUCAACUACUGUUCCAUUGCAUUGUUUCCGAUAUUUAUUGGACUCUUUUUUUGGUACAUUAUAUUUCCCAUGCUGCUGUAUGUUUGACUUUGUGGUCUUCAUUAAAAGCUUCCUCUUGAUUCCAGUGCUUUCUAGUUUCCGCAAAUGCAUGCCAUGCAUCCAUCAACCUCCUCUCAUCAUAAACCUUGAGAACACAUACAACCCUUAUUCUUUUACGUUGCAAGCUUGAUUCAGGAUGAGGAGGGUUGCAAGUGCUGUGAUGAUCCUCUUGUGGUUGUUUUCUUCCACCAUGAUCAUAGGAAACUCAUCAUCAUUGGACAGUGAAACCACUCUCAGAGUGCUUUUGGAAGUGAAGAAAUCUUUCGAGCAAGACCCAGAAAACGUUCUGAGUGAUUGGUCAGAGGAAAACAAAGAUUAUUGCAGUUGGAGAGGAGUAACAUGCGGAUCAUCCAUUAACUCUAAGUCGGAAUUGCAAGUGGUGAGUCUCAACCUUUCUGACUCGUCGCUCACCGGGUCAAUAUCACACUCACUCGCUCUCUUACAAAACCUGCACCACCUUGAUCUCUCUUCCAACAACCUCAACGGUCCCAUUCCACCUAAUCUCUCUAACCUCACUUCAUUGGAAUCUUUGCUUCUCUUCUCUAACCAACUCACAGGUCAUGUCCCCACUGAGUUGGGCUUGCUCACCAAUCUCCGAGUCAUGCGACUCGGUGACAACGAACUAACGGGCAUCAUUCCCGCCUCUCUUGGAAACCUCGUCAACUUGGUCAUCCUUGGUUUGGCCACCUGCAGACUCACCGGGUCGAUUCCACCGCAACUCGGCCAACUCAGCAAUAUGGAGAAUCUGAUACUUAAGGACAACGAGUUAAUGGGACCGAUUCCGGCCGAGUUGGGAAACUGCACGAGCCUCACUGUCUUCACCGCAGCUAACAACAAGCUCAACGGGUCAAUCCCGAGUGAACUGAGUCAACUCAAGACCCUUCAGAUUCUUAACCUCGCCAACAACACCUUGUCAGGGGAGAUACCGAGUCAACUCGGUGAGAUGAGUGAACUCGUUUACCUCAAUUUCUUGGGGAACCAACUCGAGGGUGCUAUUCCACCAUCGUUAUCUCAACUGGGGAACCUUCAAACUCUCGACUUGUCAAUGAACAAGCUCAGUGGCGGAAUCCCAGAAGAUUUGGGGAACAUGCGUGAGCUAUCUUUUUUGGUUCUUUCUGGCAACAACAAUCUUAGUGGUGUCAUUCCAACAAACAUAUGUUCCAACGCAACAAAGUUGGAGCAUAUGUUUCUGUCAGAUAUUGGAAUUCAUGGUGAGAUUCCAUCUUCAUUGGGCCAAUGCCAGUCACUGAAACAACUUGAUUUGUCCAACAACUCACUCAAUGGGUCCAUUCCCAUUGAAAUUUAUGGAUUGCUCUCGUUAACUGAUCUCUUGCUCCACAACAACACAUUGGUUGGUUCAGUUUCUCCCUCAAUUGGAAACCUCAGUAGCUUGCAGAUGCUUGCAUUGUACCACAACAAUUUGCAUGGUCCUCUGCCUGAAGAGAUUGGGAUGCUUCGGGAGUUGGAAAUCUUGUAUCUUUAUGAUAAUCAAUUGUCAGGGGAUAUACCCAUGGAGAUUGGGAACUGUUCCAGCUUGCAAAUGAUUGAUCUCUUUGGGAAUCAUUUCAGUGGUGAAAUUCCAAAAUCCAUUGGAAGGCUGAAAGAAUUGAAUUUCCUUCACCUAAGGCAGAAUGGACUUGUUGGUGAAAUUCCUGCCACACUUGGUAACUGUCAUAAGCUGAAUAUUCUGGAUUUAGCAGAUAAUCAACUCUCAGGUGGAAUCCCUGCAACACUUGGAUACCUCAAGUCAUUGGAACAGUUGAUGCUCUACAACAAUUCUCUUGAAGGUAACCUCCCUCACCAACUCACAAAUGUAGCAAACUUGACCAGAGUGAAUCUUUCUAAGAACAGACUGAAUGGUAGUAUGACUGCAUUGUGUAGCUCUAGAUCGUUUCUUUCCUUCGAUGUCACGAACAAUGCCUUUGAUGGUGAAAUUCCUCCCCAAUUAGGAAAUUCACCCUCACUUGAGAGGCUAGGAUUAGGUAACAAUAGAUUUUCUGGUGAAGUUCCAAGGACACUGGGAAAGAUCCAUGAGUUGACACUGUUAGACCUCUCAGGGAAUGCACUCAGUGGACCAAUACCAGAUGAGCUCUCUUUAUGCAACAGACUGUCUUACAUUGAUUUACACAAUAAUUUUAUGUCUGGCCAAAUACCAACUUGGGUUGGAAGUUUGCCUCAGCUUGGGAAGCUUAUCCUUUCCUUCAAUAAUUUUUCUGGACCAAUUCCAUUAGGCUUAUUCAGAUGUUCCAAAUUGCUGGUUCUUGACCUGAAUGACAAUUCUCUCAAUGCUAGUCUCCCAGCUGAAGUUGGUGAUCUUGCAUCCCUUAACGUUCUCAGACUUGGCCAUAAUAAGUUAUCUGGACCGAUCCCUGCAGCAAUAGGCAAGUUGAGCAAGCUUUAUGAGCUGCAGCUAUCUAAUAAUAGCUUCAAUGGUGAGAUUCCAACAGAAAUUGGAAAACUCCAAAAUCUCCAGACCAGUUUAGACCUCAGUUACAACAAUCUCUCAGGUGAAAUCCCAGCUUCUCUUGGGAAUCUGUUAAAAUUAGAAGCACUUGAUCUUUCCCACAAUCAACUCACUGGAGAAGUCCCUCCACAAGUUGGUGACAUGAGCAGCUUGGGAGUGCUUGAUCUCUCCUACAACAACCUUCAAGGAAAAUUGGACAGGAAAUUCUCUCAUUGGCCGGACGAGGCAUUUGAAGGGAACCAACAGCUUUGUGGAAGCCCUCUUGAUCACUGCAACAGUGAUGAUGCUUCCAGCAGAGAUCAAUCAGGCCUAAAUGCACCAUCAGUAGUGGUAAUAUCUGCCAUUUCAACUCUAGUUGCAAUUGCGCUAUUUAUACUUGCAUUCAAAGCCUUCUUCAGAAACAAACCAGAACAUUUCAAGAGAGACAGUGAAGCGAAUUAUGUGUACUCCUCCUCUUCAUCACAAGCACAGCGAAGGCCGCUGUUCCAACUCAACCCUGCUGGAAAUCGAGAUUUCAGGUGGGAAGAUAUCAUGGAUGCAACAAACAAUUUAAGCGAUGAAUUCAAGAUUGGUUCAGGGGGGUCAGGGACAAUCUACAAAGCUGAAUUGGCCAAUGGAGAUACAGUGGCUGUCAAGAAGAUUUCAGCGAAAGAUGAUUUUCUGCUGAACAAAAGCUUCAUAAGAGAAGUUAAGACACUUGGGAGGACAAGGCACAGGCAUCUUGUGAAGCUUAUAGGUUACUGUGGCAAUAAUGCAAACAAAGGAGCAGCUUGGAAUCUGUUGAUAUAUGAGUAUAUGGAGAAUGGGAGUGUAUGGGAUUGGCUUCAUGGGAAGCCAGCUAUGGCCAGCAAAGUGAAGAGGAGCCUUGAUUGGGAGACAAGGUUCAGAAUUGCAGUGGGACUAGCUCAAGGAGUGGAGUACCUCCACCAUGAUUGUGUGCCAAAGAUCAUUCACAGGGAUAUUAAAUCCAGCAACAUAUUGCUAGAUUCCAAAAUGGAAGCACACUUGGGAGAUUUUGGACUUGCAAAAGCAAUCUUCGAGAAUUAUGACUCCAGAACCGAGUCUAAUUCUCUGUUUGCAGGAUCUUACGGCUACAUGGCUCCAGAGUACGCAUACUCCCUACGUGCAACAGAAAAGAGUGAUGUUUACAGCAUGGGAAUUGUGCUUAUGGAGCUUGUUAGUGGUAAAACGCCAACAGAUGAAACUUUUGGAGCAGAGAUGGAUAUGGUGAGAUGGGUGGAGAUGCACAUGGAUAUGCAUGGCGCUGCACGCGAGGACGUGAUAGAUCCUGAGCUGAAACCUCUCUUGCCUGCUGAAGAGUUUGCGGCAUUCCAAGUGCUUGAGGUAGCAUUGCAGUGCACCAAAACUACACCACAGGAGAGGCCAUCCUCCCGGAAAGUAUGUGAUCUUCUCCUCCAUGUAUUCAACAACAGAAUGGCCCAGUUUGAUAAGAUGAAUUUGGAUCAGUACAAAUUCAAGUGAAACUUGAUUCCAAAUAUAAUGCAGAGUAUACGCCUCUGGAUUUGGAUCAUUGCUUUUAGUGCUUCGGGUUUUUUCCCUUUGUUUUCCUGUUUUUUUUUUUUUUCCCUUCCUUAUUGUUUAGAGGCUCUAGAUUUAACAGCCAGCAAAAACCGGUCACAUACCGUUAAAUUCUACUAAUUAUUUAGUUUUGCUCAACUUUAGUACUUAAACCAGAAUGUUGCAUUUAAAAAGCUAAUUCCAAAUUGGAAAUUGGACA